AUGUCGGCGCCGAAACGACCGGGACGACGCCCGGAGGAGCCCGGGACGUACGGGACGAUGGCGCGAGACGAGGAGUCGGGAUUGGGGACGGCGUGGAAGACGAACGAUCCCCCGGCGGCGCCGCCGGCGAAACCGAAGAGAGCCGAGCGGGCGAGCGGACGGACGAAGAGACCGCCCCCACCGAGCGGGACGCCGAGAAAGCGACCGUGGAAGAUCGCGAUGGAAUUCCUGUAUAAUAAUCUGUGGAUCGUGUACGUGGUGUACGUCGUCGGGUCGCUGUCUAUUUUGCACGGCUUGAAGGAUGAGCCCGAUUUUGAUAACUUUCUGGACGCGUGGUACUUUGUCGCCAUCACCGUCACCACGGUUGGGUACGGCGACAAGAGCCCGAAGACGGACGACGGUAAGAUCGCGGUGAUGAUCUUCAUCGUCACUGGCGUCGCUGUCGCGGGUAUUUUUAUGUCCAAAGUGACGGAUUGGAUUUUAGAGGCGCAAGAGCGCGCGCUCCACGCGAUGACGGCUCGGAAGGAGGCGGAGAUGUCCAUCGACAUGGCGAAGAUUAAAGCCAACGUCGGGGCGAGCGUGGACGAGAGUGAAAUCCAAGCGGCUCGUGAGCGCAAAAAGCAAGAGGCGCGGCGACGCAAGGUAUCGCUCUCGCCGAGGAUGAGAGCGGUUCUCAUGGUGGUUGGCGUCAUCUUCGUCGGCGCGGUGGCGAUGCACAUGAUAGAGGACAUCACCUUCUUGGACGGAUGCUACUGGUCCAUAGUCACGAGCACAACCGUUGGAUACGGUGACAUUACGCCGAAAACGGAAGCUGGAAAAGCUUUCGCGUCCGCCUACGCUUUGAUCACCAUCGGCGUCAUGGCGUGGGCCAUCGGACAAAUCGUCUCCGGAACAGUCGAGGGCAAGGCUGAGCAAGAUUCACACGUGAAUAACUUCAAGCUCACCCCGCAGUGGCUCGCCGAGCAAGGGGGGGACAAAGGUUACGUUGACAAGUUUGAUUUCGCCAGGGCUAUGUUAAUCGCCGUCGGGAAACUGGAGGCGAGCGACUUUGACUCUGUAGCCGCGCGCUUCAAAGAGCUCGACGUCAACGGCGACGGAUCGCUCGACGCGAAAGAUUUGAUGGGCGAAUAA